UCACUCUCAUAUCAACCGAUAGUGUGGGAAAAUGGAAAUAGCUUUGCGAAGUUCAGGAGGCCCUUAAUUCGCUGCGUUGAAGGGGCAUAGAUCAAGAAGGUACUUGGUUGAUCUGCAAGAAUAACUCGAAGAGAGUUGGAUCGUAUGUUAAACAGAAGAGCCUUGAAAGAUUAGCUGUGACGCCUUUUGGUUUAUUUCUCAGUAUCAAAUAGGCACUUAGUGCUGAAAUUGCCUGUCUUAGAAAAGGGAAUACAUAGAUUUUAUUCCAUGAAUUCUCUUUUUUCACCUACUUCUAUCCUCCUUCCAUCACCUAGACGGCUGUUCACACCACAUCUUCAAGAACAACCACAAAAUUUAUGGAAUUACUUUCACCAUUAUCAUGGUCACCGCCCCUUUUCACGCCCUCUGUCACUGCCAUUCAUUUCACAUCAUUCUUUACGUGCUCAUAAGUUAUCUGUUGGUGCUACAAGUCCUCCAAAUGAGGGAGCAGUAUCUGUAAUCAAUUUUGAAGACUUUGUUGAAAAAGAUUGGUCAUUUCUUGAUUCGGAUAAUCUCACUUCUGGAGAUGAGCUUAACACAAAGAUUGACCGCAUUAUUUCUGCAGGAAAGAUUGAAGAAACUUCUAAGGUUUUGGUUUCACUUGGUUCUGAAGGAUUUGUAGAUCGCUUGGUUGAUACAUCACCAUGUAAUCUUUUGCUUGUCGCCCAUGAUUCACUUUUUCUGUUAGCUUGCAUCAAAGAAAAAUAUGACAAGGUUAAAUGUUGGCAAGGCGAACUUAUAUGUUUACCAGAGAAGUGGGCACAACUAGAUGUGGUGUUCCUCUAUUUUCUGCCUGCUUUGCCUUUCAAGCUUGACCAGGUUUUUGGAGCACUUGCAAAACGUUGUCUGCCAGGUGCAAGAGUGGUUAUAAGCCAUCCCCAAGGAAGGGAAGUCUUGAAACAGCAGCAACAACAGCAUCCAGAUGUCAUAAUUUCUGAAUUGCCCGAUAAGAUGACUUUACAGAAAGUUACAGCUGACCAUUCUUUUGACAUGGUUGAAUUUGUAGAUGAGCCUGGGUUUUAUCUUGCUGUUUUGAAGUUCUCUUAGGCAAAAGGAAUUGCUGACAGAUUUUCGCCUAAUCCAAACUUGAUUUCAUGUCAUGGAAACUGUUUCAACGUGAAAAUAUCAUAUGCAAGAGUUUUGUAUUCGAUCUAGUAAUACAGAUUCACACCAUUGCUUAUUUAUUAUGUUCACUGUUUAUUGUGGAUAUAUUUUUUAUUUUUACAAAAAAUCUAUGAACUUUCUAUAAUACCCUUA